UCUUUCCUUACUCGAAGUUGUAUCCCUCGAUGGCUGCUACCCAAUGUGCCUCUCGCGUCGCUUCUUUUCUUUUCGCCCUUCAUGGCCGCCGUUGGCUGUGUCUGCCAGUUCUUCGUCUUGACCGCUCAGCUCAUCCCGCUGUGGUUCAAAGCGGUGUCAUGUCCCGCUGGUGGGCAUUGGCUGGUGUUGACGAGUUGUCACACUGGACGCAUCGACCAGUCGGCUUGCGCUAGCGGCCGCGUGGGCGUCCUGGCGCUGCCGCAUCAGGUUGCUCGCUGGAACACUGCCCCCGCCUUCACAGACGCUGGGUUACCUGGCUUCUUGAAGAAUCUUCCCAUGGGUAUUCAAACCCGAGCGGACUUCAUGGAACUUUGCCGAAGACAAUCAGUGCUCCGGAAGUCUGAAACAGGUCCAACACUCCGCGAUGGCUCCCAACGGCGUACGGCAACUGCACAUUUGGCAACACCACAUCACGAGACUGGGCCCCUGAACCACCAACUGCCCGUCGACGUAUCAGCCUCGCCAGCGCAAAUCCUGCCCCGGACAAUGGCCAUGACCGUCUCGAGCUCCGGGCUACCUUCACCAUUGGGGCCUCGACAAGUCCUCGUCCGCCCCUUUUCUCUCCGCUACGUCGCUUCUUUCUUCAGGCCGGCUAUGGGCGCCGUGGCGGCUUUUGGCAGCCGAAGCUUCCAGCAGAUGCUCUCAUGCUCUCAGCUCUCCCCUGGAUCCGAGAGGCGAACCUAUAUCAAGUCGAGCACCCGAACAGCCAUGCUGCAUACCCAGGGGCUCUGGACAACGCCCUGGGCAUGACACACCUGAUACCUGGCCGGUCGUCAGUGGACUGGCCGGUCGUCAAUACCUCCCUUCACCAUAGGAGAUGGCGCCUGGCAGUUCCCCGUCUAACCUGGUCUGCUGAUUCUUGCAAUUUGCAAGGGAGCCGCCGCACCUCAUAUUUAGGAGGGCAUGGGACACAGCUUCUGUUCUAACGUUAGGACUCUCCGUUUCGAACAGGCAGUGGCUAACGUCGUUACCUGAUACACAGUUUCGAAACAAAACCCCCCUUAGCGAUUACCAUUGAUCAUCCGGUGCUGCCGCU